AAAGCUCGACAGAUUAUGAACCAGUCUGGCCCCUCAGCCUUAAUCAACCUCUCCAAUUCCUCGUCCAUCAAACCAGAACCAGCCAGCACCCCUCCGCAAGGCUGCACGGCCAACAGCACGACGGUGGUAAAGAUACCAGGCAUUCCUUGUGCUGGAGGGCGGCUCAGCCCUGAAAACAAUCAGGUAUUGACGAAGAAGAAAUUGCAAGAUUUAAUAAGAGAAGUGGACCCUAAUGAGCAGUUGGAUAAAGAUGUAGAGGAGAUGCUGCUGCAGAUUGCUGAUGAUUUUAUUGAGAGUGUGGUGACAGCAGCCUGCCAGCUUGCCAGGCAUCGCAAGUCCAGCACCCUGGAGGUGAAAGAUGUCCAGCUGCAUCUAAAGCGCCAGCGAAACAUGUGGAUCCCAGGAUUUGGCUCUGAAGAAAUCCGCCCCUACAAGAAAGCUUGCACCACAGAAGCUCACAAAGAGAGAAUGGCACUGAUCCGGAAAACAACUAAGAAAUCACCACGGAAGGGUCAGGGACUGGACAACAAUGAUUUGGAGAUACUUGAGCUGAGAAUAAAGAGGUUAUUAAUCGGGAAAAUAAAGACUGGGGACAUCUAG